AUCUUAAGUUCUGGCAACACUGAGUCGUCGUAGAAAUUUGUAAACAUUAAUGUAAACAUAUAAAGUUUUCUGAGUGUCACGAGUUAAAAGUAUUAUUAUAUCUUUUAAUUUUCAGUAAUGAAAAACAAACGAUGUGGGUAAGACCACAGGAAGUAUCUUUAGCGAAGUCUUUGUGGGUCUGUGAAAGAGCCAACACAUAUUUUGUGCUUCAACAAAGGAAAGGUUAUGGCACUAGAGGUCUUGCAUCAUUAUUCGUUGGCACAUUCGACAGUGUGUUUGACACAAAACCUUUGCCAUAUAGGAUACUCCUUCAUUCUUCAUCCUCUGAUAAGUCGCCUCUUUCUGUUGCCAGUGGAUUUUCUAAAAGUGAAAUUAAUGACAAUUGGGAAUGGUUAGAAAAAAAUGUCAUUCCUACUCUAGAGGCAUUUGAUAAUGAAGAGGAGAUGAGAAAUUUUGUUGCUUGUAAAAUUGAAAGUUUAGUUGCUCAGAAGUCAUAUGAUAGUACUCAAGAUCCUGAUAGCAUGCAAUAUAAAGUAUCAUCUUUAAAGUUCUCUCGUCUUUUCAAUAUGCCCAAGGAAGAAAAAUUAGUCAACUAUUAUUCUUGCUGCUUUUGGAAGAAAAAAUUACCAUGUCAGGGAUGGCUUUAUCUUAGUGUAAAUCACAUGUGCUUUCAUUCUCAGCUGUUUGGUAAAGAAGUUAAGUUAGUUGUGAGAUGGGUGGAUGUUACUCAAAUUGAGAAGAAUGAUUCUUUAGUUUUUCCAGACAGUAUAAGUGUUCUUACAAGAACUAAAAAGUUCCAUUUCUCCAUGUUCUUAAAGUUAGAUGAAACAUUUACUCUUAUGCAACAGUUAGCAAACAUUGCCAUGAAAAAAUUAAUUUCAGAAGAAAAUUUUGAGGCAGAUACAGAUUUAGUCAAUAAACUGAGUAAAAAUGUGCCAAAAAAACCUUCUUAUUUAAAAAGGGACUUGGAUGCUCGUGCUCACAGUGAAGCUUACAGAUCAAAUUUUCGGUUACCCCUAGAAGAGAAAUUAGAUGGCAGCACUGAAUGUUCUCUCUGGACACCUUACAAUAAGCAGCAUGUCUGGGGAAAGAUGUUUUUGUCAAACAGCUACAUUUGUUUUGAAAGUGAAGUGAGAUAUCUUGUAUCUUUAAUAAUACCCAUGAGAGAAAUGUCUAUAGUUGAAAAAGUUGUAAAUCAGGGUUCUAUUAGAAAUGCAUUGCUUAUCACCACCAAGGACAAGAAAAAUUUUGUAUUCUCUGACUUGGAAGACUUAGAAUUUGUUGUUCAAAAGGUUUCAGAACUUUUAGCUAAAGUACCUGAUGUAAAUCAUGUUUAUGAAAACAGAAAUUCUGAAAAUGGAAGCAUUGAUUCAUCUUCAAGUGGUAGCAAGCGUCAUUGGAAUAUUCAAGAUGCCUUGUAUAAAUCGUUCCGCCCAGAGUCUGUUAUCGAAACCCCCGAGGAAAUGAAAAAGGUUGAACUAUGGAAUCACCACUUUUCUGAAUAUGGAAGAGGCAUUUUAAGUUAUCAUACUGUCAAAGAUCGAGAGCUCGUGUUGAAAGGUAUACCUGUUCAACUACGUGGUGAAUUGUGGAUGUUGUAUUCUGGGGCUGUAAAUGAGCUGGCUUUUUAUCCUGGAUAUUAUGAAUGGCUAGUGCAUCAGAGUCAGGGGAAGCAAAGUAUUGCAGCAGAUGAAAUAGAGCGAGAUUUGCACCGUUCACUACCUGAACAUGAGGCUUUUCAGUCUGACGUUGGUAUUGAUGUUCUUAGAAGAGUUUUAACUGCAUAUGCAUGGAGGAAUCCUAGCAUUGGUUAUUGCCAAGCUAUGAAUAUUGUAACGUCUGUCUUGCUAAUUUAUGCUUCUGAAGAAGAAGCAUUCUGGUUGCUUGUUGCUAUUUGUGAAAGGUUGCUACCUGAUUAUUUUAAUACAAAAGUUGUUGGAGCUUUAGUAGAUCAAGGAGUUUUAGAACAUUUGACUAGUGAGCAUCUGCCAGAUAUUCAUAAAAAACUGGUGCCGUUUGGUGUCUUAUCUAUGAUAUCUCUAUCAUGGUUUUUAACCAUAUUUCUAAGUGUCAUUCCUUUUCAUUCUGCUGUUAAUAUAGUUGAUUGUUUUUUCUAUGAUGGUGCAAAAGUUGUUUUUCAAAUCGCUCUUAAAGUUUUGGAAGCGAACAGACAGGAUCUUCUUGCAUCAAAUGAUGAUGGAGAAGCCAUGACUAUUUUAAGUGAAUAUUUAAGCAGUGUUGUUUCUAAAGAGGAGAAUUCGUCUUUUAUUAGCUACCAAAACUUCAUUCCUGAAUUUUCUAAACGGAAAAUCCAUGUUAACAAGUUAGUUAAAGAAGCUUAUGCUCAGUAUGGAUUUAUUACAAAUAAUACAAUUGAGCAGCUUAGAAUGCGCCAAAGAUUACGUGUAGUUCAGGAGCUAGAAGAUACAAAUCGUCGGAAUAUAGUUAGAAGUGUUUUCUAUGAUAGUUUAAUUAAAUCAGUUUUUUCUCAAGAAGAAGUGAACGAAGUGUAUACUUUUAUUAAAGAAGAACAAUUACGCCAGUUGUAUUGGAGUCCAGCUGUUGUUUUUAAUGGUCAAGAGAAGUAUGAUCCCAAUAUGCCUUUUUAUGAGCAGUGCCUGAUAGAUUAUGAUCUUUUUCGAAUUUUUUUCAAUCUCUUGCCACCUUGGGGUCGAGGAGAAAAUGCCAAAGUACUCUGUGCUCGAAUUUUUAAAUUGAUUGAUGAUAAUCAAGAUAACAUGCUGAGCUUUUUAGAAUUUCUUCAAUUUCUUGCCAUAGUAUGCCGUGUUGAUGUUGAAAUGAAACUUAAAAUGCUUUAUUUGUCCCAUUUAAUCAAUUCUACUCCAGAUGUUCGAAGUGAAACAACAUCCCUUUCAGGUGAACCCGAAGAAGCAGCUGAAGCUGAAGAGUUUUUUAGCAGUAUUGAAAGUAUUGCACCCAAUGAUGAUCCUUCAAAACCGUCCAGUAAUCCUCCUUCACCUGUUAAUGAAAAUACUGACACUUUCCAUCCUAAAGAGCUUAAAUUAUAUUUAUUCAGUUCCAGUCAACAGUUGCCAAGUAUGACACAAGAACAGUUUAUUGACGUGUGGAAAUCAAUGUAUGAUAUGUUUGCAAUGCAUCAAGAUGAACAGAGAAUAUACCAUUGUAUUGCAAAAGUUGGUACUCUACUUCUUCAAAUAGGAGAAUUAGGUUCAGUCGUCCAAAAUUUUGAUGACUUUGAUCUAUACGAUGACAAUCUAAGUACAAGUAGUCAAAGUUCCUCUUCUAAAGCACCAUUUGAGAAACUCAAGGAUGACACCUCAGAUGACACAGAUCUUGCCCCUCCCAAAAUUCCUGAAGUAAUUCGGUUACACGCCGACUCCAGAGCCUCGAAUUGCGAUUCCCUCUAUGAGGCACAAAAAGACUGGAGCAUCACAUUUGAACAAUUUCAGGGUACUUUAUAUACGCAACAAUUUUUGAUAUCGCAGUUUGAUUAUAGAAUUAAUCUCUGCCAAGAAAUUGAGAGCCACAGAAAAAGGUGUUUUGAAAAAAUGAUGACAUCCUGAUUAUUUUCAUCAUGGGUCAUUGUUUUUAUGUUUACAUUUGAAUGUUACAUUCUAGUCAUCUCUAAAUCUGCAAACCUUUAUUUUUAAUUCUGAUAAAAUGCUGUAUAUUCGUAUAUAAUUACCUUAUUUUAUUCUCAACUGUUAUUAAUAAUAAUGAUUUAAAAUCUUUUUUGUAUGGAGACAAAAUUGUUAAAUUGUAGUAUUUAGUUCCAUAUAGUAUGAAA